AUGCUGGUGGUCCURCUCACAGUGGCCUUGCUGGCCCUGAGUCCAGCUCAGAGCUCCAGUGAAGAGGCCAUCUAUGAAGAUUCUCCUUCCUCCCUGUCUUCAGAGGUUGAGGACCUAAGCCAGAGCUCUGAACAAGUCCCUCACAGACCACCUCCUGGAGGAGGCCCACCUAGACCCCCCGCUGAUGGUGGCGAUGACAAUGAGGAUGAAGAUGAAAAUGGUGAUUCAGAGCAGGGACCACCCCAAGGAGGCAAUCCUCCUCGUCCUGAUGACCCACAGGGACGUCCACAAGAAGCAACCCAUCAGCGUCGUCGUCGGUCUCCUCAUCCUGCUAACCAGCAGAGACCACUCCAACAAGAAGAGCAGCAGCAGCAGCAGCUGCAGCAACCAUUUCGCCCUCUUCUUCCUGGUAACCAGCAGAGACCACUCCAACAAGAAGAGCAGCAGCAGCAGCAGCAGCAGCAGCAACCAUUUCGCCCUCUUCUUCCUGGUAACCAGCAGAGACCACUCCAACAAGAAGAGCAGCAGCAGCAGCAGCAGCAACCAUUUCGCCCUCUUCGACCUAGUAACCAGCAGGGACCACUCCAACAAGGAGGCCAGCAGCAGCAACAGCAGCAGCAGCAGCAACAGCAGCAACAGCCAAAUGGUCUUCCUCGUCCUGGAAAAUAA